UUGAGCUGUAUAUAUAAACAGGUGAUAUCAAUGUGGAUUAUUGUGUGUGAUAUUCCACAAAGGAAUUAUAGAAAGUUAUCAAUCAUGUCUCUUAUUGGAAAGCUUGUGAGCGAAUUAGAAAUAAAUGUAGCUGCUGAAAAAUACUAUAGAGUUUUCAAAGAAAAAGCUUUUCAUGUACCAACUAUUUCCCCAGGCAUCUUCCAACAAGUUGAAGUUCAUGAUGGUGAUUGGGACGACCAUGGCCAUGGCUCCGUUAAGACAUGGAAAUACACCUUAGAUGGGAAAGACGAGGUUUUUAAAGAACAAGUGGAGUUUGAUGAUGAAAAGUAUGCAAUGACCAUGAUUGGACUAGAAGGAGAUGUGUUUACUCAUUACAAAACAUUUAAAGGAACAUAUCACGUUGUACCAAAGGGUCCUGAGCAUAGCUUGGCAGUUAUGAGUUUAGAAUAUGAAAAACUUGAUGAUGGGUCUCCUUAUCCUUAUAGUUAUCUCGACAUCAUGAAUCGUGUGACAAAGGACAUUGAAUCCCACCUAAAGUGAUAACCUUCUGUGUCUCAAUAGCUUCAUCACUCUUUCAUUCUAAAUUAUGGUUGAUUAUUGUUAUGUUGGAGUUGCUUUUUCUUGUCAAGUUUGUUUCUAAACAUGUGUGUACUACCUCUUGUCUUUCUUAAUGCUUAUUAUUAAAUAUGUGAAGAAACAAAAACAGGGUAUCCUCAUGUAUAAUUCAUGAACCUCCAUCGUUAUAUUUAUUCAUGAGUUAUGUAAUAAGUUUUUACGUGGAUAUGGUAUCAUUUACGUUGGUGCCGA